GACCUGGAGCGGCCCCGCGGAGUCGGGCGUGGGGACCAGGGGGCGAGGGCAGGAGGGAUGGCCGGAUGUCCCGGCCUGCAGCCCUGAGCGCGGCGGCGGCGGCGGCUGCGGCGGCGCUGGUGGCCGUCUUGCUCCUGCUGCGGUCUGAGGACGCGGGGCCGGGGGCCGGCUCCAGCAUGGCCGAGUCAGAGGCGCUGCCGAAUCUUCGGGAAAACUUCAGGAAGCAGAAUAAAUCUGUCUUUAUUCUGGGCGCCAGCGGAGAAACCGGCAGAGUGCUCUUGAAAGAGAUCCUGGAACAGAACCUGUUUUCCAAAGUCACGCUCAUUAGCCGCAGGAAGCUCGCCUUUGACGAGGAAGCUUAUAAAAACGUGAAUCAAGAAGUGGUGGACUUUGAAAAGUUGGAUGACUACUCUUCUGCCUUUCAAGGUCAUGAUGUUGGAUUCUGUUGCCUGGGUACCACCAGAAAAAAAGCUGGGGUGGAAGGAUUUGUUCGUGUCGAUCGAGAUUACGUCCUGAAGUCUGCAGAGCUGGCAAAAGCUGGAGGGUGCAAACAUUUCAACUUGCUGUCCUCUAAGGGAGCUGAUAAGUCAAGCAGUUUUUUAUACACUCAAGUCAAGGGAGAAGUGGAAGCUAGAGUUGAAGAAUUAAAAUUUGAUCGUUACUCCAUAUUUAGGCCUGGAGUUCUGUUAUGUGAUAGGCAAGAAUCUCGCCCAGGUGAAUGGUUGGUUAGGAAGUUCUUUGGCUCCUUACCAGACUCUUGGGCCAGUGGGCUCUCUGUGCCGGUGACGACUGUGGUUAGAGCGAUGCUGAACAACGCAGUGAGACCCAGCGACCAGAAGAAGGAGCUGCUGGAUAACAAGGCCAUUCAUGAGCUGGGGAAAGCUGAUGGCUCUCUCAGGCCAUGACCACCCUGAAGCAAUGCUUUUUAUUGUAAAACUCAACACCUACCACCUAAUCGGUAAUUUUGGGGUCUAAGAAAAGUCAGCAUGCUUUAACUGUGGUUUCACUAUUCUCAGCUGCCCAAAUCCAGUCAAAAAUGAUUGUGCUCUGUUCUACAUCAGCAUUUUAGAGCCUGGUUGUGCAUUUGUAAACAUCACCCACUCUAUUUCAAAAACAGAGAUUCAGCAGCUCCCUGGUGGUCCAGUGUGUAGGAUUUGCUGCAAAAAUUGAGAUUCACAGGCCUUAACUCAAACUCUUUUGAAUCAGAAUUUUGGGAGGUACAGCCACAGAAGUCUGUUGUUUUGUUUAAGCUUUUUUUUAUGGUUCUGAUGCCAUUGGUGGGGAAGCCAGCUUUGAGACACUUGUCUGCAGAGUCACAGCAGCAAUGCAAACCUUGUGUAUCAUGCAAAUGAGUUCUGUCCUAAAAUUGCUAACAUUUAUGUCUGAGUGACCCAGUGCCGACUGCUUGUGAUUGUGUAAAUGAACAUUGUGCCUUACUACUCCUGUAGAAAAUAUAAUAAAAAAGUUAUUAUGUAA